GAAUUUCGAAAGCGAACACUACAGGCACAUUUUCUUCUUCUCUGUGUAUCAUAUGAGUGAGACAGAAUGGAUGAAGUGAGAAAGAUGUUGUUGUUGGUUACUGAGAAGCAUCAGCUCUUUAAGCAGCAACAGUUCAGCUUCAUAGCGGCGCUGGAGCGCUCCCGAGAGCACGCGUACCACCGGACACAACCCGUGUCUACUGUCACACAGGUGCAACGGUACAUGACACACCACUGCAGCAAUGCCACAGACAGGCGGGUCUUCUCACUCUUCCUGGACAUCAUGGACACUCUCAGGGCGGUGUUUCAAAAAAUUGAAUUUUUAGCAUCAGUCCAGAACCACUCAAGUAAAGCUCUGGACACUUGCCGGAAUGUUUUCAGCCCUGACUGUGACUUCAGCCAGUUCCAAGCACAUUACCCACAUGAUGCGGUGAACCGUCUGAGUUGUAACGAGGCUCAAAACUACUAUGGCGGAGUCGUCAGCGUGAUUCCUAGGACUCUGGACCUGCUCAGCAUAACCCUCUCAGAACUGGAGCAAGCUAGUACCGAAAGGGUUUCUCAGACGGAUAUUACGGCGUCUGAGCAUGGAACAGCAGCUGAUAACACAGAGAACAUGCUCAUGCGGUCCUCCAAGCCUGCGUGUAAAGCUGCAGAUGGAUGGAAACCUGCAUGGAGGCCACCAGGUUGCAGAAGAAUGUGAAAACACACCGGCAUUUUGUUUCUCUCUUUCUCUCACCCCCAAGUAAAUCCACUAAAAUAUACAUGAAUAAUUUGCAGUUUAAACACUUCCGUGAUCAUCUUAAUUAACGAAUUGUGUGGAAUAUACUAAUAAAUUAAUCAAUGAAAACAAAA